CACCCGAUUGACAGCACUGAACAUUGAUAGUCUACUUCGUUCUCUACUUUAGAGUAAAUUGUUUUCAUCUUGAUAUCAAAUAAAACACUAAUUCCAUAAUAUAAUACGCCUACCACAAAAGAUCAAUGUUGCAUUUAUUUUUAGAUAAUCAAAACUAAACCGGCACAGAUUGAACUGACCCAUCUCCGGACCGAACGGAUUUCCUGCCACGAUAAAUAGGCUGUAAUUGGUGCGUUAUCUGCAUAUCCUAGGAAUCAUGUUGGUGCUAGUGCUAGGUGAUCUUCACAUUCCGCAGCGAUGCAGCAGCCUGCCGGCCAAAUUCAAGAAAUUGCUCGUUCCUGGCCGGAUUCAUCACAUUCUCUGUACCGGGAAUCUUUGCAGCAAGGAAUCUUUCGACUACCUAAAAACACUGGCCAACGAUGUGCACAUUGUGCGGGGUGAUUUCGACGAAAACAUGAACUAUCCCGAGCAGAAAGUGGUAACGGUAGGUCAGUUUCGUGUCGGGCUGACACACGGGCACCAGGUAGUUCCAUGGGGUGACCCUGAGGCGCUUGCAUUGAUUCAACGCCAGCUGGAUGUGGAUAUUCUGAUUUCCGGUCAUACACACAAGUUCGAAGCGUAUGAACACGAGAACAAGUUCUACAUUAAUCCCGGUUCGGCUACCGGGUCGUACUCGGCACUUGAUUCUGCCGUUAUUCCGUCUUUUGUGCUGAUGGACAUCCAGAGCACUACUGUGGUGACAUACGUCUAUCAGCUGGUUGGUGAUGAUGUCAAAGUAGAACGAAUUGAGUAUAAGAAAAAUUGAAACUAUAUAAAUUAAUGUAUAUAAUUAUACCUAACAAUGUUAUUGCAUCUGACCGAUAAGUGAAAAAAAUAAAAUUCAUUAUUGCUUAUUGUCAAAA